AUGGAAGACCACUCUGUUUCAUCUCACGAUGAUAACGACGAUGACCUAAUCGAACCAGAAGACCAAGUGAUAAUCCAAUAUUAUCUGAAUUCGAUGAUCAACGACGGCAAAUCCUGGCCUAGCCAUUUCGUCCGAGACGUGAACGCGCGCGUCUACAACAUGAAUCCAUGGAGCUUCUUCAUCGCUCACAACCCUAACUACUUCCUCUUCGUCAAACGCAGAACAGAGUCUUGCGGUAAAACCGACGGAUCCAAAUCGGGUUGCUGGAGAAUCAUGGGUCGUGAUAAACUGAUAAAGUCUGAGGAGACCGGGAAGUUUCUAGGGUUCAAGAAGAUCCUCAAGUUCUGUGAAAAGGAGAAGAAGAGACGAUCACAAGAAGAAGAAGAGGAAGAGAGAAGAGUCUGGGUGAUGGAAGAGUAUAGGCUUAUCAGUAAAUGGAAGCAAGAUCAAGUGAUCUGCAAGAUUCGUCUUUUGCCUCAACCCGAGGUUACUUCCUUGCUCGCCACGCAUUUCUCCUUCUUGAUCAAGAAACCAGAAACGUUUUCUCCGAGACGUUGUUUGUUGCCGAGGUUUGAUCUCUGUGUAGAAGACGUACCAAAGGAUGAAAUCAUCUCGUACUAUCUGAAGAUGUUGCUCGUUGAUAAUCGUGACGAUUGGCCUAGCCAUUUCUUGCGUAGCGAGCAAGUCUACGGUGUGGAGCCAUGGAGGAUUGUGUGUGCUCUUCAGUCUUCUCUCGCCCUAAACGAGGGACAAUACUUCUUCGUUAACAGGACAGAGAAUUGCGGUAGAAGCGAUGGAUGCGACGGCGGUUGCUGGAGGAUGAUACGGCGUGAUAAAGUGAUCAUCUCGAAGAGGAGCAGCAAGGUUCUUGGUUUCAAGAGGUUUUACAAGUUCUGUCACGGAGAGAAACCGGAAUUUGCAAAACCGGUUUUCAAGUUUGAAGAGGAUGAUGUUAAGGUGACUUGGGUGAUGGAGGAGUAUAGGUUUGCUAAGAGGAAGAUGCAAGGUAAAGUGAUUUGCAAGAUUAGGGUUCUCUUCCCAGUCCCAUUAGAUUACUUGAUUCGAUAUGGAGAAGUAUAG